CUAUAUCUCUCUACCUCUUGUCUAUUUAGAACAAGACAUGGAUGAUGUUUUUGGUAUGUGAUUGCCCAUGUGGGCGUUGUUAAGUACAUCUUUGUCAUUCUUGCUUGGCACCAGACCCGAGCCAACUCUUUUCCCCAUUUCUGGCUCUCUUCUUGCUAGCAAAGACAAUCCCAUUUCUGUUUUCUCUUCAAAAAUGGAAGAUCAAUCUCCAAUUCCAAAGAAGCGUACCCUUACUAUUUAUCAAGGGAUGCCUGUGGUUCCUGUGGUUGAAGAAGUGCACCACCAAGAUUUGAACAAGAGAACCCUAAUAGCACUAACUGUUGCUUCCACUCACCUUGUUGGAAUAGUGUUGUUUCUCUCAUGUUGCUGGAUCUGUAGACUGAAAAAAUCAAGGACAUGCAGUGCCAAAAGUAAAGGCCAUGAUGUUCCGAUUGUGGAUAAAUUAAAUUCCUUGAGGAUGGCUGAGAAGAAGGGUUCAGUUGCUGUUAUAGAAUAUCAUUUGUUGCAAGCUGCAACAAACAAUUUCCAGGAAGUUAAUGUUCUGGGUGAAGGUGGUCGUGGAUGUUUGUAUAAAGCUUGUUUCAGUGAAAAACUCCUUGCAGCAGUGAGGAGAUUUGAAGGUGAAGAACAGGACAUUGAAAGAGAAUUUGAGAACGAGCUGAACUGGUUAACGAAAAUUCAUCAUCAAAACAUAAUUUCUCUUCUGGGUUACUGCAUUCAUGGUGAAACAAGGGUUCUCGUGUAUGAAAUGAUGCAAAAUGGGUCUUUGGAGAGUCAAUUGCAUGGGCCAACACAUGGAUCAGCAUUAACUUGGAAUCUGCGAAUGAAAAUUGCUGUUGAUGUUGCAAGGGGACUAGAGUAUCUUCAUGAGCAUUGCGAUCCUCCUGUUGUCCAUAGAGAUCUGAAGUCAUCUAAUAUUCUUCUGGAUUCCAACUUCAAUGCAAAGCUUUCGGACUUUGGCCUUGCUGUAGCUUCUGGUAUCCAAAACAAGUACAUAAAGCUUUCAGGAACUUUAGGUUAUGUGGCACCAGAGUACCUUUUGGAUGGCAAACUAACUGAUAAAAGUGAUGUCUAUGCUUUUGGAGUUCUCCUUCUGGAACUCCUGAUAGGAAGAAAACCAGUGGAAAAGAUGUCUCCGGAUCAUUUUCAGUUCAUAGUCUCAUGGGCCAUGCCUCGGCUCGCUGACAGAUCAAAGCUUCCCAACGUUGUGGAUCCUGUUAUCAAAGACACUACGAAUUUAAAACACUUAUACCAGGUAGCUGCAGUGGCAGUACUAUGCGUGCAACAAGAACCAAGUUACAGGCCAUUGAUUACAGAUGUCCUGCACUCUCUCAUCCCUCUUGUACCUCUUGAGCUUGGAGGGUCACUGAGAAUUACAGGACCUGUUCCUCUUGCCCUGCCUUCUCUCUGAUGAUGAAUGAUUUCCCCUUAAACUGCUUCAAUAUUUGGAUCUUCAGCAACCCAAUUUUCCGAGGAUUUAGUAAGAGGUCCUGAUAUCAGAUAAAAAGGAGGGUGGCAGUUGCUGAAGGACAUGAAACUAUUGUAGAGGUGGCGAGAUUCUAUAUUUUCUCAGAUGAGCUUGUUUCAUCCAGUCAACUUAAUCGAUCACCAGAUAUUGUUCUAUCCUUCUGCUAUGCGGAUAUUUAACACCGUGAUCAUAGUUCUCCAGAGCUCAGCUGUUUGAGCAGCAAUGCAUUGCAAAUCAGGAGAUAUACAAGGCUGUAGCCAAAUCUGCCCUCUCUGACAUUUCAAGUCAUUUUCUGCAAGACAUGGCCUUUCCUCACCUUAACGGUGCUGUAAUGUGUGAAGUUGUAGCUUUAGUUGACCAUUCGUCGUGCAGAGUUUUUCUUGCAGUAGCAUGCAACGCUUGACUCAUUUGCACAUCGAUGGACACUUAAGUUAUUCAUGGGUUCAUCAUUACAUAUAAGCAAUUACGUUCCAUGUUGACUGGUUUGAAACUUAUCAUUCUUAUGUAUAACUCAAAAACUUGCUUUUAAAUAUGGAAAUAAAUUUGGAAUAAA